AUGGGUGACCAAACUCCGCUGUGGCCACCUGGGUUUUAUCCACUCCCUCAUCAUCUUACAUUGCUCAAGCUAUUAUCAUUGCGCCAGUUGGCGACAGUUCCGCUACCGGUUAUACCGUUUUCCAGUAUCAUUGCUCGCUAUGGCAGUUUUCCAUAUAUUCCGCAAGGGUUUGGAAAUUAUCCAGGACAUAAUAUGAUGUGGCAUUUUCCAUAUGCUUCAUGGAGCCCAUUUUGGAGAUACUCAUUCGAACCGAUACAGAAUCAGCAAGAAAUCCUCUAUGAUAUCAACAAAAACAACAACAAUAUCUGUCAAUUGUUGAAGCAGAUCGAUAUCGAACACAAAAAAGAAGACGAAAUCACAGAGGUCCAAGCACAUUGGCCACUUGCUCCGGAAUACCCGGACAAAACGGGAGAUCCGUCAUUUUCGAACACUUCAGGCGACGAUGAGGAGGAAACGGCCACAAUUCCUCGAGACAUUCUCUUGGAGCCAUUCAAAGCACCGUACCGACGCGAAAAUCUUCUAGAAAUUAAGGACAACUCGGACAUUUUCGUUGGUGUCCAGAAUUGGAACAACAUCGAUAUCUGCCAACCUCCAAGAACUCCAUCGUGGUCGUUUGCAAAAGGUGACGAUAUUAUUCCGGCAAAAUUCACGACCACCGGUUAUGCCUAUUUCGAGAAUUCGAAUUACCCUUCAUUCCCGGUUUUCGACCCAAAAGACCUCCAAUAA